AUGGGAGUCGGGGAGGAGCUGUUUCAGAAUGUAGAAGAUCCUGAAUGCGAGGAUGAAGAACAGUGGGAUGAAGAAAGGAUAACCACAGACAAGGAGGAGGAGCAACUGAGAGGGCAGAAAGCAAUAGUGGGUAAAUCUUUUGUGACUUUUGAGCAAAUCAAGGCAGUAUUACCAAGCUUGCAGAAAAACAAAAAACCAAGUAAGUCCUUAAAGCAGAGAGUAAGUCGAGCCAGCGCCCCCACAGCUGUUGACUGCCAGCUGAGCAACUGGUCAGAAUGGACAGACUGCUUUCCAUGCCAGGACACAAAGUAUCGACACCGGAGCCUCUUGCAGCCUAACAAGUUUGGGGGAACCAUCUGCAGUGGUGAUAUCUGGGACCAAGCCAGCUGUUCUAGUCCCACAGCUUGUCUAAGGCCAGCAGAGUGUGGACAGGAUUUCCAGUGUAAGGAGACAGGUCGCUGCCUGAAACGCCACCUCGUGUGCAAUGGAGAGAAUGACUGUCUUGAUGGUUCUGAUGAGGACAACUGUGAGGACUCCAGGGUCAUUGAAAAUGACUGCUCACAGUAUGAGCCAAUUCCAGGAUCAGAGAAGGCAGCCUUGGGAUACAACAUCCUGACCCAGGAAGAGGCUCAGAGUGUGUACGACGCCAGGUAUUAUGGGGGCCAGUGUGAGACUGUGUACAACGGGGAGUGGAGGGAGCUGCGCUAUGACCCUGUGUGUGAGCAUCUCUACCAUGGAGAGGAUGAUAAAUAUUUUCGGAAACCCUACAACUUCCUGAAGUACCACUUUGAGGCACUGGCAGAUACUAAAAUCUCCUCAGAAUUGUAUGAGGAUGGAAACGAGCUUCUUGUGACAGUGAAAAAUGGUCGAUCUCUGUUUGCAGGAGUGACCAUCAGCCUGAAACGUUUCAUAAAAGGAACCUUGGGUGUCUCCGGUUCAGAAACUGCUUUGUUCUUGAAUAAGUUGAGCAAGUAUAAUGAGAAGAAAUACAGAUUCAUGAGAAUUUUCACAAAGGUACAGACUGCCCAAUUCAAGAUGAGGAGGGAUGACAUUAUGCUGGAUGAAGGAAUGUUGCAAUCAUUAAUGGAGCUUCCAGAGCAAUACAAUUAUGGCAUGUAUUCCAAGUUCAUCAAUGACUAUGGUACCCAUUACAUCACGUCUGGAUCCAUGGGCGGCACUUACGAAUACAUCCUGGUGCUUGAUAAAGAGAAAAUGGAAUCUCUUGGUAUUACCACUGAAGAUAUUAAUAAAUGCUUUGGCGGGAUGGUUGGAUUACAUUUUACAACCUCUGGAGGAAGUUUACAAGUAAAGGAUUGCAAGAGAUCUGGAAGUGGUAACCAAGAAAUAGAAAAUAUAAACCUGGCCGUAGAAGACAUCAUUUCCCGGGUGCGAGGUGGCAGUUCUGACUGGGGCGGAGGCUUGGCACAAAACAGCAGCACUGUUACAUACAGAUUCUGGGGGAGGUCAUUAAAGUAUAAUCCUGUUGUUAUCGAUUUUGAGAUGCAGCCCAUCCAUGAAGUUCUGCAGCACACAAACCUGGGACGCAUGGAGGCCAAGCGCCAGAACCUACGCCGGGCCUUAGACCAGUAUCUGAUGGAAUUCAAUGCUUGCCGCUGUGGUCCCUGCUUCAACAAUGGGGAGCCCAUUCUUGAGGGCACCAGCUGCAGGUGUCAGUGCAGCAAUGGCCGCAAGGGCUCUGCCUGUGAGCAAAUGGAGCAAAAAGGAGUCAAAGCAGAUGGUCGCUGGAGUUGCUGGAGCGCCUGGUCUGUGUGCACAGCAGGCACCCGGGAAAGGAGGAGAGAGUGCAACAAUCCUGCACCCCAGAAUGGAGGCGCUUCUUGUCCAGGCUGGAGAGUACAGACACAAGCUUGCUGA